AUGUGUAAAGCGGAGAAGUUUCUAUACCACAGGAGGCUCUGGGAGAUGAAGGUUAAGUAUCUAGGAGAUAGCAAGAUAGAGAAACUCAAGAACUCGCUGGUUUCGAGGUCUCGUAUGAGCCUAUGGAUGAUUCGGGCUAUGACCAUAUUGUUGCUGUGGAGUUGUUUUGUUCAUUUGGUGGCUUUGGGAGAGAUGUGGGGACCAAGAUUGUUGAAAAGCUGGCCUUCUUGUUUCACUCACCACGAUUUCCCAACGCCUUCUCAAAUGUCUUCUCUUCCCACGAAACUCGCCCUCCCGCCUAAAAGGAUAUAUCAUAACAAUGGCUAUCUUAUGGUUUCCUGCAAUGGAGGACUCAACCAAAUGCGAGCAGCGAUAUGUGAUAUGGUCACUAUUGCAAGAUACAUGAAUGUCACACUUAUUGUCCCGGAGCUCGACAAGACCUCGUUUUGGAAUGAUCCAAGUGAGUUCAAAGACAUAUUCGACGUGGAUCACUUCAUAACUUCUUUAAGAGAUGAGGUUCGUAUACUCAAAGAGCUUCCUCCAAGGCUUAAGAGAAGGGUCGAGCUCGGAGUGUACCACACCAUGCCUCCUAUCAGCUGGUCCAACAUGUCCUACUACCAAGACCAGAUCCUUCCGCUGGUGAAGAAGCAUAAGGUCUUACAUCUGAAUAAGACUGAUACUCGACUUGCUAAUAAUGAACUACCUGUUGAGAUCCAGAAGCUGCGAUGCCGAGCAAAUUUCAACGGGCUUAGGUUUACUCCAAAGAUUGAGGAAUUGGGUAGAAGAGUAGUCAAGAUUCUGAGGGAGAAAGGCCCCUUUCUGGUUCUGCAUCUCAGAUACGAAAUGGAUAUGUUGGCAUUUUCUGGUUGCUCCCAUGGUUGCAACCGCUACGAAGAGGAAGAACUUACAAGAAUGAGAUAUGCUUAUCCGUGGUGGAAAGAGAAAGUGAUAAACUCAGAGUCGAAGAGGAAAGAAGGCCUUUGCCCAUUGACUCCAGAAGAAACAGCUCUUACGCUAUCCGCAUUGGGUAUUGACCGUAAUGUUCAGAUUUACAUAGCUGCCGGAGAAAUAUACGGUGGUAAGAGGCGGCUCAAGGCUUUAACAGACGUUUUUCCGAAUGUGGUCAGGAAAGAAACCCUACUCGAUUCCUCUGAUUUGAGUUUUUGUCAGAACCAUUCCUCUCAGAUGGCUGCUCUUGAUUACCUUAUUUCUCUCGAAAGUGAUAUAUUUGUUCCUACGUAUUACGGGAACAUGGCCAAAGUCGUGGAAGGUCAUCGCAGGUUUUUGGGGUUCAAGAAGACGAUUGAGCUAAACCGGAAGUUCUUGGUUAACCUAAUAGAUGAAUACUACGAAGGAUUGUUGAGCUGGGAAGUGUUCUCAACGACGGUGAAGGCCUUUCACGCUACAAGAAUGGGAGGUCCCAAGAAACGGCUAGUGAUUCCAAAUAAACCGAAAGAAGAAGACUACUUUUAUGCCAAUCCAUACGAAUGUCUUCAGCUACUACACGAGUACAAUGGUAAUUCACUAGAAGCAACCAAAUGA